GCAUCGUCAUAUCCACUUUCAUUUGCAACCGAGUAGUACAUGAAUUAACACCGAAACGUCAUGGAAAAAUUAUGGAAAGAGCCAUUUACAUACACGGAGCAUCGAAGAUUGCUGACGAAACUAACAGAUGGAGUGUAACAAAUAAAUCCGUUAAAGAUGUUUCGUGUGCUUUUAGACAACAUUAACACGUGUAGCGGAGAAAUCAAUAUCGCCGAAGUCAUUACGUCUGUGUUGAUGCUGGUCGAGGAGUUGACCACGGGUGAAGAAGUGCAAAAUCAGGUGGAAGAUGAGAGGAGAGAAAGGACAGGCGAUGAAGGAUGGGAUUUGGCACCAACGCUUUCCCCAGGAGUAGCAAUGGACCGACUAGAAAAGCAUAGCACGUUCAUACGUCCUCGCGCGUGGAACGCAUCACCGUGCCUGGCGCGAAGAGUGCAACCGUCAGAAAGGAUAACGGAUUACCAUUGCAGCAGUUUAGAGCGGAGCGUCGCCGUUAAUGAAAUAAUAACAUGCAUGUCGGAGGGUAAUGAUGUUGGGGGCUGUAGCGUUUAUAGGAAACCUGUCAUUGUCGUGCUGCGCUUACUGCAAGGGGCUUCAAACGUCAUAGUUGAGGAAGCUACAAACGCCACAGUAGAGGAGGAGAACAACUGGAACGGGUGUUUGCCUACAUGGGGAGUAAACGGGGCGGCUGAUGACGAUUGUGAGAAAAUAAGAGAAGAAGUGAUGAAGAUGAAAGAGGAGAAUGUGGAAGAUAUGAAAUUGCAUGUAGCCAUCUGUGUGGGUCUGGUGGGGGGGGAAGAUUCACAAACGGAGUGGGUAUUAUUUUCAGACACGGACAUUGCUGGCGGUCUGGCAAUGGUUCGGUUAACUGCCAUUAGGUUCGAGGAGUUUGCAAUUCGUGUCCGCGAGAUUUGGGAACCGAUAGUGAGCAGCGUAUCGUUGAGCGAGGAGAGGGAAGAUCUCCUGGUAACAGAACACGAUACGCAGCAUGGGAGGUCGAGGAAUACGGAGAACAAUGAGAGCGUAGAAAUACGUAAUCGACAGAGGAAUAUUGAGAAGGGAGCAACCGACAAGGAAGAGGAGAAGGGAGCGCAAGACAACGACACACCGUCGCAGGAGGAGGGAAUGCGGCAAGAGAACCCGCCAGGGAAGGAGAAGGUGAAAGAAUGGAAGUGCCUGUUACGGAAGGAAACCGUACGCAAAGGGGAAGCCGGAGAAGAAGAGAAAACCGGGAAGGGAGAAUUGCACGAGGUUCAGAGGGGUGCAGUAGAAGCUGCAGAGGAGCUGAGAAAGGAAAUGGGCGAAAAACUUGAUGGUGCGGAAUUCCCACAGCAAAGGGGUAAAAGAGCAUUCGACAUUAUCGGCAGUUCGUGGUUUCAAACGCGGAGAAACUUUUGCAAGAGUUUGUCUUUGAACGUGUGUGUGAAUAAGUUUGAGCAGGAGCGAGAAUUAAGUUUCACGGAGGAUGUCAUUGAGCUUGUGAACUUACACUUAUGGAAAGGGAUGGAACGACCAUGGGAGUUUAAGAAAAAGCGGUCGAAKCGAGAAGAGGAUUCAGGUAAAACAACUCGAAAAGCGAGAGAGUUGAUGCAAGGGCUGGCCGAGGAGGAGGAGGAGGAGGAGGAGGAGGAGGAGCAGGAGGUCGCGAAUAAGGAAGAAGUAGGGGAGGUCAAGGAGGAAGAGGAGUCGGGGGAGGUUGCCGAGGAGGAAGAGGAGGCGGGGGAGGUAGAGAACGAGGGGUGUGAGGAGGCAAACGAGGGAGUUCAGGAAAUGGAGAAUCCGGAGGAAGAGAUUAUGGAGGAGAAUAAUGAGGAUGAGAUGGUGAUCGAGGAAGAGGAGGGAGCAGAAGAGGAGGAGGAGGAGGAGGGCGAAAAAGAGGAAGGAGAAGAAGAAGAGGAGGAGGAGGGAGAAGAAGAGGAGGAAGUGGAAGAGGAGGAGGAGGAGAGGGGAGAUGAAGAAAAAAUGGAAGGAGAUAAAGAGGAGGAGGAAGAUGGAGGAGGACAGGGGGAAUUAGAAGUGGAGGAGGAUGGGGAAGAAGAGGAGGAGGAGGAGGAGGAGGACGAGGAGGAGGAGGAGGAGGAGGGGGAAGAGGAGGAGGAGGAGCCGGCUGACGAACGAGAGGAGAUGUAUGAGUUCUGCAAUGAAAACGAUGAAGUGGCAGGAGCAGGGGAAGACGUUGAAAGAUACGAUGGAGGAAAGAAAGUAACAGAUUUAGCAAGUAACAAUGAGGUACCGAAUGUGAGCGUGAGGAAUGUAAUUGGUGUGAGAGGGAAGGUACAUGAGAGAAGAAUGAUGAAGGAUGGAGAGGACCACAAUAUGGAGGGAUUUUUGGAAGGUACACGUGAACGUGGACAGGAAAGAAAAACAGAUGUAUCCAAUCGUGCAAGUGAGACCGAAGAAGGCUCGGAAUUGCAAGGAAAUAUCAAUAUUCGCAAUUUGCCAUUUCUAUUUGGCAAGUUUUUAGAAGAAGUGAGGGGGAAGAAGCAUGCGGAGGCGAGUGUAGAUAUACUGGCGUGCGAGUACAGGAGGACAAGAUUGCGGGGUGUAAAAAGUUUAACAGGCGUGCUGGAGAGGUGACAAGUGGAGAAAGUGUCGGAAAAAAUGAUCUGAUUGGCAUGAAGAAGAGGGAUGUCAUACGAAACGCAGGCGCAACAUUUGUUUGAGGUGGGUGGUACUCGGCCGAGGUAAAAAAAAUAUCCAUGCAACAGUCCACAAUAUGUAUGUUUGUUGAUGGUAAAUAAUUAUUGGAAGCGAGAACUUAUAUUUGUUUAGUUCAAGGGUUACGAUUGAAGUACUUCUUAUAAUAAAUAUGGUUAUGUAUGUUGUGAUAAGAAUGUAAACUUAAAUAAGAAAUGUAAUCAAUAUGAGAUUGAAGC